AUGGCACAAGCAGCAUCAACCCCAGUCAGUUUCAUAGUUGUAAUACGAGUUUCACAUAUAUACAGGGCAUUCCACAAGUCAAUUCCGUCUGAAUGGACACUUUUCCAUCUACCGCGUAAGGACCAAGAUAGCUGCUGUGUGAGGGAAUUUUCAUAUUUUGUCAGAAAAUGUAGACAUACAGAAGUAAAUGGUGGAUUUCGAACGAAGAGAAACAUGAAGGAGAAUCUUUUAGAAGUUGGAUGUUACUCAACGGAUUGUGGGGGUGGAUUCACUCCAUCAAAAACAUCAAGAAACAAGGAGAGUCAGAAGUCAACGCGUUUGAGAAAGCGCACUCAAUUUAGAAGUAGGGUUGAAGCUAAUGAUGUCAUAAGUCAUCAUGGCAAGCAUGUGAUAAAAUAUGUAGCAAAAGAUGAGCAAGAAAAUGAGUUACAAAUGGCACAUGCAGCAUCAACCCCAGACGGUUUCAUUGUAGUAAUGCGAGCUUCACAUGUAUACAGGGCAUUCCUCAAGUUGAUUCCUUCUGAAUGGGCAAUUUGCCAUUUGCCUCGUAAGGACCAAGAUGUGACUCUCCAUGUUAAAGAGAAAACAAACAACACGUGGCAUGCCAGAUAUUAUUGUGGAGUUUGUAUCAAUUCUGUUGGAGUUAUUGGUGGUUGA